AUGCGAAGGAGCGCACGGCUGCAGAAGAUAAGGCGAAUGCUGCGAUCAAGGCGAUCGAAUUGUGGCUCUCAAGCGCUGGUCUGGAGCCUAGCGGCGCACAAGACUAAGGCGUUCCUUCUUUUGAGCCGGAAAAAAGUGGAAACGCAGAGGGCAGUAAAGUACCUUGGUGUUCUCCUCGACACGAGGCUAUGCUUCAAGGAGCACCUCCAGUACGCUCAGAAGGUCAGUGGAACUGCAGGAGCACUCGCCCGGAUGCUGCUAACCGCACGAGGACCCAAGCAGAACACCAGGAGGCUGCUGGUAAGCGUCGUCACCUCCCAACUGCUAUAUGCGGCGCCGGUGUGGGCUGAGGCGGCGGGGAGUCGAGUCAUUCUCAGCUAA